AUGAUCGGCGUGGGCAUGUCCUACCCCGGAUGGGUGACGCUGCCCAGGGGUCACAAGAGCCGCACCUUCCACCACUGCUACGGACGCUGCAGAAUAGAGGCGCUGGUGGAGUACGACUACGAGGCGCAACACGCUGACGAGCUGACGAUCCGCGUCGGCGACAUGGUCACCGAGCUCACGCCCACCGAGCCGGGCUGGAUGCGCGGCCGGCUGCGCGGCAAGGUCGGCGUCUUCCCGGACAACUUCGUCAGGAUGGUGCACCGCGACAUGGCCAAGCCGCGACCCAAGCCGGCCGAGCCGCCGACCGGCUCGCUCAAGCCCAACGGCGUCACCAAGCGGCCAGGCCGCCGGCGCUGUCGCGCCCUCUUCAGCUACAGCCCCGAGAAGGCCGACGAGCUGGGCCUCAAGCUGCACGACAUCAUCGACGUGCUGGAGGAGGUGGAGCCCGGCUGGUGGAAGGGCUCGCUGAACGGCAAGGUGGGAGUGUUCCCGUCGAACUUCGUGGAGGAGCUGGCGCCGGCUGCCGACACGGAACCCGUGCAGGAGAUCAAGCCGAAACCGUUGAAGAACAGCGGCGGCUUGGUGAAGGAGCUGUGCCGCGCGCUGUUCGCCUACCAGCGCCAGAAUGAGGACGAGCUGACGCUGAAGGAGGGCGACGUCGUCACCAUCGUGUCCAAGGAGAGCGAGGACAAGGGCUGGUGGCGCGGCGAGCUGGCCGGGAAGGUCGGCGUCUUCCCCGACAACUUCGUGGAGGUCAUCUCGACGGCGGAGAAGCCGGCCCGGCCCGACAAGCCGCCGUCCAAGCCGCUCACCAAGCCGGAGGCGCCACAGGCCACGGACAGGCCGGGCAGCGCCGAGCCGGCCGGGCCUAAGCGGGCGCCGUCGCUACCUCAGCCGUCGGCCGCCGGUCGGCCCGCCACCGAGGAGUUCGACGCCGUGGAGCGGGGCGCUGAUCGACUGACGCACAUCACGGCCGACCGCGCGCGCGCGCCCGGCCGCCGGCCCCCCUCCAGCAUCUUCGUCCGGGAGAGCGCGCGCCAGUUCUCGGAGGCGCUGACCGCCCUGCGAGCCGACUACACCAAGCGGAUGCGAACGGUGCUGGACGAGCUGGACGCCGAGAAGAAGUCGCGGCUGGUCAUGCAGGUGCAGCUCGACCGGCUGGACAAGCUCGUCAAGGACAUGAACUUCACCGUGUAG